AUGGGCGCCUGCGGCAGGACGCCAGCCGGGCCGGCCGGCCGGGCAGGCGCCGCGCGCUUGGUCCUUCUCCUGCUGACGCUGCUGGGCGUGGGCUUGCGGUCGGAGGUCCGGGCGGUGCCCCUUCGGCGCGUCGAUGCCGGCGAGUCGCAAUGUCACCUUCGGUGCCGGGGCUCGCCGGCGGUCGACUACGCGGCCACCCUGGCCAGCGAGGCGCAGAUGAUGUUCUGGUCGCCGCUGCCGGCCGUCGCGCCGUUUGUCGGCAAUGCCAGCAGCCUGGCCUCCUGGCGGCGGCCGGCCUUCGCGGACCUCGGGGCCAUGCUGCUUCGGCAGCAGGACCGGCUGUUCUCGGCGGAAAGCCGCCCCGCUGGCAAUGGGACCAGCGAGCCGGAGCUGCAGCCGCUCGAGGGGGGCAUCCCGCGGCGUUUGAUCGAGUGCCCGGUGACCAUGCUGCCGCCGGAGGAGGCCCUGGCCGUGGGUCGCAUCACGCACCCGACCACCGGGCAGGCCAUCUUCCUGGUGCUCGGCUCGCAGGCGCUGACGGUGCUGCAUGCGGCGGCCGAAAUUGACGGGCCCACGGACAUCGUGGCCUUCGGGCUGGACGCCGGCUGGCUGCGGCCGCGCCUGGCCGGCUACGGCAUGUCGCCCGACAGGCAGCACCUCCGCGUGUGGCUCCUGGUGGAGGCCGCCACCGGGGCCAGCCAGCGCGCGCGCCUGGACAUCCGCCUGGACACCUUUGAUCUGGCCAGCGCGCCGGAGGUGGCACUCCUGUCGCCGGCCGGCGGGCCUGGCAUCGUCACCUGGCGACCGAUGCCGGAGGGCUUCCCGCUGGUCCUGCUGGCUGAUGGGCGUCUGGCCACGGGGCAUCCGCAGCCGGCCGAGGUGGCAUUGCCGUGUGGCCGCCCGGCAUCGAUGGCUCUGAGCAUGGCAUGGCAUUCGCGCACUCCGCCGGCCGGGGGCCCGGCCGGCCCCCUCGAGGGGGCCCUCUCGGCUCCGGUGACUUUGGCCAUGUCCCUGGCCGCCGAGCAGGGGGGGCACAUCCUGCUCGCCGGCGGCCUGGACCAGGGCCUUUGUCCCGGCGAUUCACGCUCCAUCCCCCUGCCGGCCGGGGUACGCCCCGGCGGCCGGGUGCUCCUGGCACCGGUGCAUUCGGCGGCCGAUGGGCUGCAGGCCUUCCACUACAUUGAGCCGGCGCCGGCUCAGCCGGCCGGGCGUGUGAUGGCCCGCGGCGAGCCCGGGCCCGGGUCGGGCUCGACUUCGGCACCGUCGCCCUCCGGCCCGGGAUCCCACUCGACCGACGGCCCCGAGGCCGGGUCCGGCUCGAGUGGGACCUCCUCCCUGCCGGGUGGUGGCCCGACGGCCGAGCCGGGAACGGCCGAUCCCUCGGCCUCGGCGGCCUCCUCUUCGGCGGCCUCCUCCCGGGACGCGGACGCCUCAUCGGGCCCGGGUUCCUCGACCGAGCCGACGGCCGAGCCGCCCGGGCCGCCCCCCACGCGGUCGGGCACCAAGCGCCGGGUCUUCGCCGUGUCGCUGGACUCCGCCCAGCGGGUGGCCCGCUUCACGGAGCUCCACAUGGUCGAGUGGGACCGCCAGCCGAUGGCCAAUGACCGGGCCUUCGAGCCGGACCGGCUGGAUGUCCUCUUCCACGCGGGCACCGGGCAGUGGCUCUUGUCCGAGGGGCGCCUGCUGCUGCCGCUUUCCGGGCUGGAGGGCGAUCGCACGGUCCUCCUGAGCCCGACCACCGGGCGGCUGUCCUGUCGCCGGGGCCUGCGCAUGAACCCCUUCUUUCGCUCGGAUCGGCUGUGCUACGGCUGUGCCGAAGGCAAUGCCCACAUUGCGGGCGAUGCCUCAUCAUGCGGGUAUGUCUGCCCGGUGGGCUGUGCCGCGUGCAACCACACCGGCGACUGCAUUGCCUGCGCCCCGUCGCACUUCCAAAGCAGCCAGGGCCUGUGCGAGCCGGUGAGGGACCACCUGCUGGAGACCGGCGGCCCGGACUCCCCGGCCCUGGCCCUUGUCCGGGAUGGCCACAGCGUCGCCCUUGCCCGGCCCUUCCCCGGGGGCAUCAUGUCCCGGAACAUGUCGCUGAUGGCUCCGGUGCCACGGCGAAGUGCCACCGGCGGCGGGGGCAAUGCGGGCGCCCCGGCCCCCGGCGGGGCGGCCGGCAGCCUCGAGCACGCGGUCUGGUGGCCGAUUGCCUCGGUGACCGGAGGUGCGUCGGGGGGCCCCGGCAGCGGGGCGGCCGGGUCGCAGUCCUUCUCCACCUCGGCCUCCGGGCCCGGGCCGGAGGCCGGCUCCGGGUCCACCGGCAGCGGAGCGGGACCCGGGGCGCCGGAGACAGAUUCGGCCCCCUCGUCCGACUCGAAGGCCCAUCCGCCGGACUCGACACGGCGGCAUGUGCUGCACCUGGACCCGGCGGCCGGGGGCGGGGUCUGCCCGGGGCGGCUGGUCCCGGCGUCGGCGGCCGGUUGCGCGGGCCCGAUGGCCGGGAGGCUGGUCCCUCGGCCGGUGGCCGUGCGGCCGCCGUUGGCCGUCGGAGAUCCGGCCCCCUCGGCCGGGCCCAGCCAUCAGGAGGGCACCUUCAGCCCGGAAACCGGCGGCGUGCUGGCCUGGUCCCCGGAGGACGGGCAUCUGUACCACGUAUCCCAGGCGGCCGGGUCCGGGGGCGAGGGGCCCGCGGCGGCGGCGGCCAUGGCGCAGGUGCGCCUCGGGGCCGGGUCCUGGGGCCCGGACGUGGGCGCCGUGGCCGGGCUGGCGGUGGAUUUCGAUCCGGCCCGGCAGGGGAACCCCCAAAACAGCUCCUUCCACAUUGUCAUUUGCGCGGCCACCGGCAUGCAUCUGGUCCCGGUGAGCUGCCGCUUUGGCGCGUGCGUCUGGGGCCUGGCCAGUCGCACCACGGCCGAGCCCUGCGAGCGGCUGGUGGCCUGCUCCGACCGGGGGGCCUUCUUUUCGGUGCACCGGGUGUCCGGCACGCCGACCUCGACGGCCGUCCGCCGCGGGGUCUUCACCUUCCCGAGUCAGCAGCGGAGCUCGGCCCCGGGCGGGGCCGCCCUGCUGGGGCCGAUCCUCGGGUCCGGGCCGGGGACCGGGCCGCUGGCAUGCGGGACCUUCGCGGCCCCGGGCAGCGGCCUGGCCCAGACCGACACCUGGGCCGCGUACAUGUCCUGGCUGGCGCCGUUCCGCUUUGGCCCGGGCGCCGAGCCGCCGGUCGGCGGCGAUGUGGCCACGGUCAGCCCGCCGAGCUUGCGGCUGCUGUCGGAGGCCGAUCUCGCGGCCGGCCAGCUGGGGCGCAUCGCGGCCUCGCAGCCGCCGCCGCCGGCCGCCGGGCCGCAUGCCCUCGCCGCCGCGCGGGACGGCCUGGUGGCCAUGGUGAUGGGGCGCUUCUCGGACCGGCAGGCGGACGACCUGGUGGUGCUGGCGGCGGUGCGCGGGGUGGCACCGCCCGGCGGCCGGCAGUCCGGCGCGCCGGAUUCCGGCUGGCAGCUCCUGGCCACGCAUUAUCGCAACCGGGCUCGCUACCAGCAAACCACGAACCUGGCCUCGGGCGUGGUGCAGCUGCUGGGCAGCCUGCCAGCGAGCCCGGACUCGUGGCCCCCCCAGGCCGGGCCCUUCCUUCGGGCGCUGGUGGUCGACCUGAAUGAGGACGGCCUGCCGGAUGUGGUGCUCAGUGCCGGCGACCGGCACAUCGGGCUCAUCAUGUCCCGGGAGAUGGACACCCUGCGGGUUGGAGCCACCCCCGGCGGCCUGCGGCAGGCGGUGUGGCUGGAGCUGCCGGCCGGCCCGGGGUCGGAGCCACCGGGCCCGGGGUCGGAGCCGGCCCGGGCCCGGGGGGCCCGGUGUGAGGCCGGUGCCUCGGGCUGCGGGAGCACCGGGCCCCCGGGCCGGGCCGGGGCCCCGGUGAUCCUGCGCGUCCAUGCCACCCGGGACUCGCACGCCGGCAAUGGGUCUUUCAGCCUGGUGGCGGAUCUCUUCCGGCCGGGCGGCUCGGCCGGCGAUGCCCUGCACCGGGUGUCCCUGGCGGCCGGGUGUCCGGCCGGGGAAUUCUGGUCGCCGGGGUCGGGCCCGGCGGCCGGGGGGGAAUGCACCGCCUGCCGGGCCGGGUGCUCGGCUUGCCGCGGCCCGGCCGCGGCCGAUUGCCUCCGGUGCGAUCUCUAUCAGGAUGGCGAGUGCGUGGCCGCCUGUCGCGGGGACUCCUUCCCGCAGGAUGGCGUGUGCAUUGGCUGCCCGGCCGGGUGCGAGGAGUGCACCCGGCCGGGUGACAAUCCGUCCGGGGCCGUGGUGUGCCCCGCCUGCCGGCGGGGAUACUUCCCGGAGGCCGGGUCGUGCCACCCCUGCCCGGACCUGUGCGCCGAGUGCACCGGGCCCGGGGCCUGCGGCGCCUGCCGGCCCGGGGCCCGGGCCUACGAGGGAAGCUGCUGGGCCGAGUGCCCGGCGCGCACCUUCCUCGAGGGCGACCGGUGUGUCGAUUGCCCGGGGCUGUGCCUGGAGUGCGCGCCCGGGGGAGGGGCCGCCGGGGGGCCGGGCUCCGGGGGCGGCGUCUGCACGCGCUGCCAGCCGGGGCUGCACCUGGACCCGGCGCUGGGCUGCGUGUCGGCCACGGUGCCCCAGUGCGUGCGAUACACCGCGGCCGGGGGCUGCCUCGAGUGUGCCCCGGGGUUCCUGCUGCUCGGGGACCAGCAGUGUGUGGAUGGCUGCCCGGUGGGGUACAUGGCGGCGGAGGGGCCCUCGCCGGCCGAUGGGCCGGCCAUGUGCCGGGCAUGCGGCGAAGGGUGCACCUCCUGCGGCCCGGGCGCCGGGGCUUCCGGCCGGUUGGUGUGUGACUCCUGCGCAUCGGGGCACUAUCGGACCCCGGCCGGGGGGUGCGGGCCCUGCCCGGCCGGGUGCCGGGUGUGCGCCGACGGGGGCACCUGCUUGUCCUGCCAGGCCGGGCGCUUCCUCCAGGAGGGCGCCUGCGUGGAAGCCUGCGCCGAUGGCCAGUACGCCGAGCAGCAGACAUGUCUGGCCUGCGCGCCCGGCUGUGCGGCCUGCCGCGGGAUCGACGAGUGCACCGCCUGCCAGGCGGGCUUCGACCUGGAGGGCGGCCAUUGCCGGAGCGCGGCCAAUGUGUGUGACAUUUCGGCCGGCCGGCCGGCGAUCGCCAAUUGCCAGCUGGAACAUUGCGGCACCUGCCUCCAGUGCCGGGCCGCCUACCGGCUGGACGGCGGCCGGUGUGUGGCCUGCCCGGAGGGCCGGUCCUCGGAUGGGUUCACCUGUUGCCAUGUGAAUUGCGCCUCCUGCGUGGGUCCCAACUCGUACCAGUGCAAGAGCUGCCCGGCCGGCGGGGGGGUCCUGCUGCCGACGACCAAGAGCACCGCUCUGGUGGUGGGGUCCUGCGUGCGGCAGUGUCCCACCGGGUAUGUUCUGCGCCCGGCGGCCGGGCCGGACCAGCCGGCCAGCUGUGUCAGCUGCCCGGAGAGGUGUUUCCUGUGCGCGGCCCCGGCGGGCCUGCCGGGGGCCUCGCCGAAUGCCGGCGAGUCCGGGCCCUGCCUCGGGUGCGAGCGGGGCUACUUCCUGCAGGAGGGCCGGUGCGAGGAGUCCUGCCAGGGCCGGACCUUCGGCUAUGGGGGCGCAUGUGUGCCCUGUGCGGAGGGGUGCGUCAGUUGCCCGGGCGGCGUGUGCUCCGGCUGCAUGCCCGGGCGCGUGCUGCACAUGGGCCGGUGCGAGGGGGCCACCUGCCCGGCGGGCUUCUACCCGGAGGCCGGGGUGUGCCGGCUGUGCGGGGCCUCCUGCUCGACAUGCUCCUCCGGCACCGGUGGCUGUGACACCUGUGCGGGGAAUUUGCUGCUGGUCCCGACGCGUGGCGGGCCCUGCGUCGGGGCCUGCCCGUCGGGGCACUUCCCCAGCACGGCCCCCGGCGGCCGGGCCCGGGUGUGUGGCGAAUGCACCGCCGAUCGCACCACCCGCACCCGGGCCAACCAGCGCAAUCGGUGCAUCCCCGGGAGGUUCCUGGCCGUGAGCAGUCUCACCUGCUUGGACGAGUGUCCGCCGAACACGGCCGAGGACUUGCGCGACUUCACCUGCCACGCGUGCCCGGCCGGGUGUCACCGCUGCCGGGUGGACUACCGUGUCGGCGGCGGCACCCUGGCCAUGAUGGCGGCCGGGCUGGAUGCCAGCGACCCCCGGGCCGGGCUGGUGUCGGGGCGGGACUUGCAGCUGGCCCCGCCGCGGGACAUCGAAUGCGAGGCGUGUGCCUCCGGGUACUUCCUGCAUGAGGGGAAGUGCCAGCCAUUCUGCCCGGCCGGCUGGACCGGCUCCCGGCCGGCCGCCCAGCAUGCUGCUCUUCGGUCGCCGGUGCGGUCGCUGCCAUCGUGGCCGCCCACUUCCCCCGAUCACCAUCACCAGCACCACCACCACCAGCAGCAGCAGCAACAGCAGCAGCAGGAGGAGGAGCAGGAGCAGUCGCAGCAGCAGUCGCAGCAGCAGCAGCAGCGAUCACUUACCUCAGGCGGCCUGUGCAUGAAAUGCCAUGUGUCGUGCCUGACAUGCGGGGAUCGAGACUUCCGAUGCACUGGAUGCGCCGAGCCGGCCUACCUCUCCGGGGAGUCCUGCGUCCUGCGGUGCCCCUUCCGGACCAUGACUAAUGCGACCGAGCGGCGGUGCGACGAGUGCCCGGCGAACUGCGAAGCCUGCGGCGAGGAGGGCUGCUCGUCCUGCAUCGCAGGGCACCUGCUGAUGGACACGCCGGAGGGGGCGCGCUGCGUGGGUGCCUGCCCUUCGGGCAGCUUCGUGCAGGCCGACCGGUGCCUCGGCUGCCAUGAGAGCUGCCGGUUCGGGUGCAGUGGUCCCUCGACCGAAGAUUGCUUUGCCAAGCCGCAUCCCGCGUCCGAGAGACGCUUGGCCCUCAUUCUUGGACUGAGCAUCGGUCUGGGUGCUUUGAUGCUCAUCUUACUGGCGGUGGCCAUCUGGCUACUGGUGGUCUUUGUCUUCCGGGACCUGCGUGCCCGGAGCAAGGCUGUCCGGGACGGCAAUCCGGUUGCAGAUGCCGCGGAGAUGACCGUGCUCAACACAUUCAUCGAACUUUCGCUUCCUGGCUCGCUGCAGGUCAACAUCCUGGAGGAUUUCGUCGCCAGCGAUGAGUCCCUCGGCCAGGGGGCCCAGGCGACGGUGUACACCGUGCGCAUUGUGGCGCCCAAGAUCCUGGCCUCGGCCGGGGCCGAGCAGGCCGCCGUCAAGAGAAUGAAGGCUCCCUCGGCAUCGGCCGACGCCAAGUUGUAUGCGCGCUUCGAAAAUGAGGUUGCCAUCAUGUGGGCUCUCAACGCCGCCCCGAAUGUGGUGCGACUCUAUGGCUACUCCACCAACCCGCAGGCCAUCGUCAUGGAGCUGUUCGACAGCUGCUUGCGGACGUUGCUGCUGUCGGAUGUGGAGAUCCCUGCCAUGGGCAUGCUCGAUGUGGCCCACCAAAUCGCCUGCGGCCUGGAGGCCAUCCACCUGGCCAAUGUGGCCCACUGUGACAUCAAAACCGCCAACAUCUUCAUGCGCAUCGGCCCGAAGCCCGGCAAGUGGCAGGCAGCCAUCGGCGACUUCGGCACCGCUCGGUCCAUCGGCUCGAGCCGGUCCAGUGCCCUUGUCCAUGAGCUGCCCCCGCUGAAUGCGCUGACCGCUCGGUAUGCCAGCCCCGAGAUCUUCAACUCGCUCGCCCGACACGCGCAGCUCCCCGACGACGAGUGCCUCCCGGCCGAUGUCUUCGCCUUUUCGGUGGUCCUGUGGGAGUGCCUGACCCGGCGAGUCCCGUGGGCCGGCCAGACCUUCGAGCAGAUCCGCUCGUCGGUGGCUGCCGGCCACACGCUGGACCUCCCGUCGCUGGACAUGCUGGGGCUGACACCGGCCGACGACCGGCAUGCCCGGCUGCGGGCCCUUUUCUCAAACUGCAGCGACGUGUCCGCCGGGCACCGGCCCACGAGCACCCACUGCAAGGUGGCCCUGGCCGGGAUGCUGGACUAG